AUGCUCGUUGACUGUGCGGGCGCAAAGAACGCCCCUUUUGCGAGCGUCAACGAAACAUAUCAAGCUGUUUUCCACUUCGUCACGGCGCUGCGACUAUGCGGAUACGCUCCCGAACCUCAAGAUUGGCGCACAUACUCGAGUUUUAUUCCAAGGAUUCACAGGAAGACAGCAAAUGUGGAAGAGUCCCUAGCUUGGGGAACGAAGAUUGUUGGUGGUGUGAAGCCAGGAGUUGAAGGCGAACACCUUGGCCUGCCUGUCUUUCCAUCUGUCAAAGCGGCCCAAGAGCGAGCGAAGCCGGACGCUUCGGCAAUCUAUGUCCCCGGCAACCAAACGGCAAAGGCCAUUGAAGAGGCCAUUGAGGCAGAGAUCCCGCUCGUCGUAGCAGUGGCGGAGCAUGUCCCGCUGCAUGACAUCCUCAGAGUCCACUCUAUCCUUAAAACACAGUCGAAAACAAGACUUGUCGGCGCAAACUGCCCCGGCAUUAUCUCCGCGAUUGGAAAAUGCCGAAUUGGAUUCCAACCUCUACCAUGCUUUGCUCCGGGCAGCAUAGGCAUUGUCGCAAAGUCGGGCACUCUGAGCUACGAGACAGUUGCGUCUACAACACGCGCCGGCCUGGGUCAAAGUCUGUGCAUCAGUAUGGGCGGGGAUCUUCUCGCCGGUACCAAUUUUGUUGACGCGCUGAAGGUCUUCGAGGAGGACGCGGAUACAGAGGGGAUCAUCCUGGUUGGUGAGCUUGGUGGUGCGGCGGAAAUGGAGGCGGCGGAUUGGAUUACGGAUUACCGGCGCAGGACUACGAACCCGAAGCCGAUCAUGGCUCUUAUCGGUGGUCUCACAGCUCCUCAUGGACGGAUCAUGGGCCAUGCCGGUGCCUGGACGGCGCCUGGCGACCCUUUCCCAGAGGAGAAGUAUAACGCUCUUGAGCGCGCGGGCGCGGUCAUGGUUCAUCAUCCGGAGAGGUUCGGACAGGGGAUGAAGACUCUUUUGAGUAAAUCUGGUAGGAAGAAAAUAGGCUCUGCCAGUAGUUUCCGGGACCAGAAAAGAGGACUGCACACUAUGAGACGUGUCCGACCAGACUCUCAUCUGAAAGUCCAAGCCAGAAGUCUGUACAUCAAGCAAUUCCAAGCUCUGUAUAUGCUCAAGAAAGAGGGCAUUCGCGUUAACGAGGGAGCGGAGUCGGUGUUGGACUUUUACCUCUCUCUCACCAUCGACAGGGCUGCGCUCAGUCCUACACUCAUCAUCUCAACAUCACCUGAAUUCGAACCUCCCAGCACCACCCGCCUACCCUUUUCGUAUAAUACAGAAAAGUUCGACGCCUCGAGUCCUACCAUUACAGCCACAGCUGCAGAUCUUGAGCUCCCGGAAAGCGCACACGAGGAACUGGCAGAUUUGGUGCAAGCACUAUGGCGGAUAUACAAAGAGAAGGAAGCCUUUACGCUCCAAGUUCGAGCUAAUUAUGCCGACGGGUCGUUUGAGGUGCGCGGGGCCCGUUUCGGAUUUGAUGACGCGGCCUUUCGCAGCUCGGGUCGCCAAGAGGAGGUACACCAGCUGAGGAAUGUAGCUGAAGAGGUGCCUGAGGAGGUAGAGGCAGAGAGGGACGGAAUUGUUUACGUGAAGUUGGAGGGCGAAGGCAGUAUUGGAACCCUAGUGAACGGCGCUGGCCUGGCGAUGAACACCGUGGAUGCGCUCUCGAUAUACGGCGGACAAUGCGCCAACUUUCUCGACACAGGCGGCAAGGCUACCUCCGAGACGGUCAAGGCCUCAUUCAAGAUCAUCACCUCGGAUCCCCGCGUCAGGGCGGUCUUUGUCAACAUCUUUGGAGGACUGACGAGGUGCGAUAUGAUUGCUGAGGGAAUCAUCCUGGCCUUUAAAGAACUAGACAUGCAGGUUCCUGUGGUUGUGCGUCUGCGGGGGACAAACGAGGAGCUAGGACAGAAGAUGUGGCCUUCCUCUACGUGCGUUCGAUAG